UUGGAGCAGAAAUCAUGGUGUCUUGAAAAUUCUUCUUAAACAUUCCCUUAAACACAGUCGUCUGAACCAAUUGGAGAGCACGUUUUACAUCAUUGAUAAACUUAAUGUGCACCAAAAAGAAACCUUGUGAGGGGUUUACAGUAUGAGGGAAAAAUUUAACUCAGUAUGGUAAAGUGAUGAAAAAUUUUUACUUUUAAGAGUCUAAACUUUUCAGGUUCCGAGCCAGAGAGAGAGAGAGGGAGAGAGAGAGAGAGAGAGAGAGAGAGGGGUGGGCACUUCUAAGCUCAUAAUCUGUCACAUGUUUACGUACUUUUGGCAACACGAGAAAACCGAUUUCCAUUCACCCAAACCAGGCAGCUUUUAAUUUCCUGCUCAGUCCUGAUCGCAUCUCGUGUACUACUCUUACACAGCACUCAGUUAUGCAGUAGAUACCAGCAGGUCUACAUUUUGGGAUUUGGGGAAGUUUAGCGGUCUGUGAGCCUCUGUGAAAGCCUAAAUCAUGACUCUACUGACAGAAGAGAAGCCCUACAAGUUCCCACAGGAGUUAGGAAGCUGCACCUCCACUGUGAAGCCCCAGUCCACAGACUGCGGUCCUAACAGUGACUAUGCCGAUGCCAUGGACGGGACAGUGUUUAGGACUGUGGAACUUCCAAGGAGGUCACGUGGACGCCUCAUCAUGCACAGCAUGGUGAUGUUCGGAAGGGAAUUCUGCUACGCUGUUGAGGCUGCAUUCGUCACACCCGUCUUGCUAAGUGUGGGACUCCCGCGAAGCCUUUACAGCCUGGUGUGGCUCAUUAGUCCUGUCCUGGGCUUCAUCCUCCAGCCAGUGAUCGGCUCAUCCAGUGACUACUGCCGCUCGCCAUGGGGACGCAGGAGACCCUAUAUCCUUACGCUGGGGGUUAUGAUGCUCAUCGGCAUCACUCUGUUUCUCAAUGGAGACGCCCUGGUAUCAGUGCUGGUGAAGAACAUGGGUUGGAAGAAAACCUGGUCCAUAGUGGUGGUCAUGUUUGGAGUGGUCCUGUUUGACUUUUCAGCUGACUUUAUAGAUGGUCCGGUGAAGGCCUACCUGUUUGAUGUCUGCUCUUACCAGGACAAGGAGAUAGGCCUGCAUUACCACGCCCUGCUUACUGGUCUGGGUGGAGCAUGUGGGUACCUGACUGGUGCAAUGGACUGGGGUCAUUCUGCACUGGGAGCCUUGCUGGGCUCAGAGUACCAGGUCAUUUAUUUCUUCUCAGCGCUCACCUGGGGCUUCUUCCUCACUGUGCACCUCUUCAGCAUUCCUGAGAAGCCUCUUGGAAAGCAGCAUCCUACUGAGCCCUCGGUCCCUGACGCCCCCUUGCUGCAGCCAUCAGUAAUGAAUGGUCCCACAUAUGGCUCCGUGACUAAAGAGCCUGAGCUUCGACCUCGCUCAUUCUCGGCUCUGAGCGAGGCCAACUCCGUCACGUCCAGCUCCCAGCAGCCGAGCAUUGAGGUACAGAAGAGGAUGACUCUGAAAUCAUUACUGUCUGCCAUGAUUAACAUGCCCAGUCACUACCGCUGCCUAUGCAUCAGCCACUUGCUGGGCUGGACUGCUUUCCUCUGCAACAUGCUCUUCUUCACUGACUUUAUGGGGCAGAUUGUGUAUAAGGGAAACCCGUAUGCUCCCCAUAACACCACCGCAUAUGCUACCUAUGAGAGAGGGGUGGAGGUGGGCUGCUGGGGGCUGUGCAUCAAUGCUGUGUCCUCUGCUCUCUAUUCCUACAUACAGAGGCUGCUACUGCCCUACAUUGGCUUGAAGGGUCUCUACUUCAUGGGCUACUUUGUGUUUGGACUGGGCACGAGUCUGAUUGGUCUGUUUCCCAAUAUCAUCUCCACGCUGACACUGUGCUGUGUGUUCGGCGUGAUGUCCAGCACACUUUACACCAUCCCGUUCAACCUGAUCUCAGAGUACCACAAGGAGGAGGAGGAGAAGAGGAAGCAGAGUGGGAAGGACGAAUCUCUGCAGAGCAGAGGGACGGGAAUGGACUGCGCAGCUCUGACUUGUAUGGUGCAGUUAGCUCAGAUCAUAGUGGGAGCUGGACUCGGAGCUCUGGUCAAUAUGGCCGGUAGCGUGAUAGUGGUGGUUCUGUCGGCUUCAACCGUGUCCCUUUUCGGCUGCCUGUUCAUUACUGUCUUUAUUAAACAUGUACACUGAAAACAAUGAAAUAAACACAAUGACUCUCUUACAAGUCUCUUUCAUCUAAAUCUCAUACUUGUGACUAUUUGAGAUUUAGAUUUUACUCCACAUGGUUCCAUAUGACAUAUUUUAUGUGUAAUGUGCACCACGUUGAUCACCUCACAGUGAUCUGUCUCUCUCUUCACAAACAUCAAACUGACCUCCACAGCUCUCCGGGACAGUAGCUCUUCUCAGAACAUUCUACAGUGAAGAUCAAUAUUUUAGUUCCUUCAAUACCGUCAUUAAUGGUUGAGGUCAUGGGGUUUCACACACAAUUGAGACAAACAAAAAUCACUACAAUUCAUUCAUUCUCUUCUGUAAGUACUUUAUUCAGGUCAGUGUCUCAGUGGCUCUCGGUGGAAACUUAGAACCUUAUUUAUUUUGCUUGUAUUUUUCUCAUUUGUUAGUCGCUUUGGAUAAAAGCGUCUGCUAAGUGAAUAAAUGUAAAUGUAAAUUUAAUUAAUAUCAUUGUAAUUCCCAUAUUCUGUAGUACGGUAUAUAGUGUUCAUAAAUUCAGCUCAAUAUUUUCCCUUUAUCUCAAGGGAUUACAGUGAAUGUUCUUGACAUAAUACUUUCACAAGGGGAAGCCUUCAGUUUUUGAAAUAUAUCUUGAAAUCAGGCUAAAAUGUCAAACGUUAGUACAAUGAUAAAACUCAUACCUUGGUUUUCCACUCUUGACGUUCUGAAGGUAUGACCGUAAAGUCAUGCCCCAGUAUUUAGGUACGAGUUGUGUUAAAACAUUUUACCACACGGUCACUAAGCAGCAGGAGGUCAGUGCCUGCUGUCAGUCAACUGUGAAUGAAAUUUAGGAGCGAUUUCAUGAGAAUAACGUUUUGUCAAGAUAACUCAAGGGUUCAUUUCCCAUAUUUAACAAAGAGGGAAAACGACAAACUAGGCGAGCUCAAAAUCCGAGCAGCUUUGGGUUAAACUUUGGUGAGCUUUUCAUUGAAAUAUGUAGAAUAAAGUUUUUAACUAGGAUAUAGCAUAUUUUAUUUUGUUGUAUUUAUUUAUUUAUUUAUUUUCUUCGAAGAUGAUAGCCAUGGUCUUGUCCUGUGUAGUGUGUGUGGGAGACUAACCUAAAAACAUUUCUAAUUUCAUAUCUAAGCAACUGGAAAGGUUUACAAUUAAAUUACUGUUAUCUUAAACGGGCAGCUCGACUGUCUGGCAGACGUCCAUAAUUCCUAAUCUGUGUGAAUUUGGGAGGA